UUUUCCCACUCACUGAGCACCUUCCUCUUCUCUCUGCCGACUCACUCACUCACUCGCUCGCUCACGCGCCUCCUCCCUGCUCGGCACCAUGACCACCUGCAGCCGCCAGUUCACCUCCUCCAGCUCCAUGAAGGGCUCCUGCGGCAUUGGCGGGGGCAUUGGCGGGGGCUCCAGCCGCAUGUCCUCUGUCCUGGCCGGAGGGUCAUGCCGGGCCUCCGGCGGCUUCGGGGGCAUGUCCGUGUCCUCCUCCCGCUACUCCUCCGGGGGUGGCUACGGGCUGGGGGGCGGCUAUGGCGGUGGCUUCAGCAGUAGCAGCUUCGGUGGAGGCCUGGGAAGUGGUUUCGGUGGAGGAUAUGGUGGUAGCUUUGGCGGUGGCUUCGGCGGUGGCGGCUUCGGUGCUGGCCUGGGUGGUGGUGACGGUGGGCUCCUGGUGGGCAGCGAGAAGGUGACCAUGCAGAACCUCAACGACCGCCUGGCCUCCUACCUGGACAAGGUGCGUGCCCUGGAGGAGGCCAACGCCGACCUGGAGGUCAAGAUCCGAGACUGGUACCAGAGGCAGCGGCCCGCUGAGACCAAGGACUACAGCCCCUACUUCAAGACCAUCGAGGACCUGAGGAACAAGAUCCUCACGGCCACCGUGGACAAUGCUAACGUUGUCCUGCAGAUUGACAACGCCCGCCUGGCCGCAGAUGACUUCCGCACCAAGUACGAGACGGAGCUGAACCUGCGUAUGAGCGUGGAGGCCGACAUCAAUGGCCUGCGCAGGGUGCUGGACGAGCUGACCCUGGCCAGAGCUGACCUGGAGAUGCAGAUCGAGAGCCUGAAGGAGGAGCUGGCCUACCUGAGGAAGAACCACGAGGAGGAGAUGAAUUCCAUGAGAGGCCAGGUGGGCGGAGACGUCAACGUGGAGAUGGACGCCGCCCCCGGCGUUGACCUCAGCCGCAUCCUCAACGAGAUGCGCGACCAGUACGAGAAGAUCGCGGAGAAGAACCGCAAGGACGCCGAGGAAUGGUUCUUCAGCAAGACGGAGGAGCUGAACCGCGAGGUGGCCACCAACACCGAGGCCCUGCAGAGCGGCAAGAGCGAGAUCUCCGAGCUCCGGCGCACCGUGCAGAACCUGGAGAUCGAGCUGCAGUCCCAGCUCAGCAUGAAAGCAUCCCUGGAGAGCAGCCUAGAGGAGACCAAAGGCCGCUACUGCAUGCAGCUGGCCCAAAUCCAGGAGAUGAUCGGCAGCGUGGAGGAGCAGCUGGCCCAGCUGCGCUGCGACAUGGAGCAGCAGAACCAGGAGUACAAGAUCCUGCUGGACGUGAAGACGCGGCUGGAGCAGGAGAUCGCCACCUACCGCCGCCUGCUGGAGGGCGAGGACGCCCACCUCUCCUCCCAGUUCACCUCUGGCUCUCAGUCGUCCAGAGAUGUGUCCUCCAGUCGCCAGAUCCGCACCAAGGUCAUGGAUGUGCACGACGGCAAGGUGGUGUCCACCCACGAGCAGGUCAUUCGCAGCAAGAACUAAUAAGGCUGCCCAGCAUUGCUCAGGCCUAGGAAGCGCCCUUCCACACACCGGGGAAUCUCACCAGGGGACCCCUCUCACGCACCCCCUGCCCCACAAGCAGUUUACACCUCAGCCCUGCCCCCCCUUGCCCCCUCCUGGCACGCAAUAAAGCUUCAUUGUCCGAGUUGCACAA